UCUUCUCUCGCUACGCCUUCUUCGUGUCCCCCUUUUUUUUAUGUCUCGCAAAGAGCGUCUCUGUCGCUAGAAAACGCGUCCCCCGCCUCUCGCAUUUCCAAAGUUACGCCUAAUCUGGCAAACGACAGCGCAUUAAGCAUCAAUGGAAUGUGAAAUAUGAGAUUAUUGUGAACGACGGCAUAUACACGCAGCUGUGUGUAUUUGCUUUAGAUUAGUACAGCCGACGACGAGCGUCGUCGUCGCUAACGUUGAUAAAAUACACCGGGCGGGAUGUUCGCGUCGCAGCGGCAUAAAUUUGCGGUUAAAGUCAACACGGGGAUUCGCAGGCACAAACGUGCCGUGUGCUCCGAAUAAUCGAAUCAUUCCGAUCUCUGCCCGCUUUCCAACGGAAGAUCAUUGACCCGUUGUUACGCACCCCACUUUGCCACUGGUUCGUGGCCACGAUUUCAUCUCGCUCAACGAACGAAUACGCAUCGUGCAGAGUGUUGCGAAUGAAGAUAUAUGCAGGCGUAAUAAUCAUUCGCGUGAAUCGAAAUAGUUUGACUCAUUUCUUCCAUUCAUCCUGUAACGUGCGCGUCGCAGCUACUCUAUUAUCGUAACCGACUGGCGUUUUUCAUUCGAUUGACACGAUAAGGAGAUAUGUCUCUCCCGCGCGUUCAGCUUCUCCGAUAGAUUUUUUUUUUCAUAAUCUUGUCGCGUAUGUAUUAAUUAAUGUGCGUAAUAGUUUCUUGAAAAGAAAUGCGGUCGGUGCGGAUUGAUGCAACAGGAGGUCGCUCGAGCGACGACAUACGCGCUCCUCGCUCUUUCGAAACUCUUUCCAACUUUCUUUCUCACUUCAAAGUUCUCUUUCGCCGCGUUUUUCCCGCGGAAAUUUCGACGUCGCCUCGCGACGCCGCGAAAGGCGGAUGCAACGGUUAAUCGUGAUGCGCAGGGAAGGGGGCUUUGAUAUAAGAUACGUGUAAAAAUUAAUGAUAGAUUUUCCUAUUGUGACGCACACGCGCGCUUCACCGAUUAUGUAGUCGCCGCAUUUGUUAAUGUGCACGUGCCGGAGUGUCUCACCACCGAUGCGAUAUAAAAGAUACACAAACGGAUGAAAUAUAUCACUUUUAACAAGUCAAGAAGAUUCAUGGCAGGUCGCAAGUGUGCCGUUUCGAUUAAUGAACCGUCGAGCAAGGAGCAGACGCGAUUGAGUAAUCAUGAUUCGACGGUUAGCAAGGACCACCGUCGACAGAAAGAUGGGUCCAGCAGCGGCGGCUGCAGCGGCAGCGGUAACAGUAGCAGCAGCAGCAGCAGCAGCAACAACAACAACAGCAGCAGCAGCAGCAGCACCUACAGCGCUUUCCGUCACUGGCGACGGAGUACCUCGAUGGGUUCCCACAACAGUCGCUCCAACAGUGCCGGUUCCAGAUCGUCCAACUCGCUCGCCAAGCUUCCCAAUGAUCCGGCCACCAUCCGAAAGAUGGAACAAUUCCCUCUGGUGCUGUCCGACACGACCAUGCCCGACGAAGAUCUCUCCCUGAAGUUCCUCGCUCUGAACGCUCUGGACCUCACGGCGCCAGCCAGCGACGUGCUCUUGAAGAACCGGCUCAAGUCCUGGUUCCAAUUGUCCGGUCAUCCGGAUGGCUUCGCGCCCGCCGGGCCCGGCACCGUCUGGAAGAGAAGGGCAGGCGGCACCGAGAACACGGAACGUGUCGUUUACGAGACCCUAAGCAAGGACGAAGCGUUGCGAGAUUGUAUUCCGAGAUAUUACAGGGAGGUCGAGUACAAGGGCGACACGUUCAUCGAGCUGCAGGAUCUGUUGUUCGGCUUCAGCGAUCCUCACGUGAUGGACAUCAAGAUGGGCACGCGGACCUUUCUCGAAUCUGAAGUGUCCAAGAUCACCGCUCGGCCGGAUCUCUACCAGAAGAUGAUUGCCGUCGAUCCGGACGCGCCAACCGAGUUGGAGCACGAGCAGCGCGCCGUGACGAAAUUGCGGUACAUGCAGUUCCGCGAACAGCAGAGCUCGACCUGCAGCCACGGCUUUCGCAUCGAGGCGAUGAAACUGCCAGGCGCGCCGCCGAUCACAGACCUUAAGAAGGUCAAGUCGCACUCGGAAGUACUCAGCACCAUAAGGCAAUUCCUCGGUAGGCGCGAGGAUACGCGCCAGAAGAUCCUCGCGCGCCUCAGGAACCUGCGAACCAAGGUUGAAGAAUCCAAAUAUUUCGCGACCCAUGAAGUAAUCGGCAGUAGUAUUUUCAUGAUCUACGAUAACGAGAAAGUGGGCGUUUGGCUAAUUGACUUCGCAAAGACGCGACGGGUGCCGGAUGGACGAAAACUCUCGCACCGUCGUCCCUGGCAGGAAGGUAAUCACGAAGAGGGUUUUCUAUUUGGAUUGGACAACUUAAUUUCGACCGUGGACGAAGUUCGCCUUACUUCAUGAAUAUGUUCGAUGUUUGUGCAGCAGAAUUCGGAGACUUUUCUGCGCUGCAAAGCAUCAUUUAUUUAUGUAUAUAAAGAGUGAAAAAAGUAUUCGUAUUCUUAUUAAUUUUUUUUUUUUUAAUUUA